UCAUGGUUUGCAUCUGGCGCAACAAGAUCAGCAUCCUGGCCCAGUUGGGGCCCUGGAGCAAAGGAGCCCUCCUCCCCCCCCCCCAGUCCUAUCCAAGUGGUCCUUGAAGAGGCAGCUCACACAGGAUGCUUUGAAGCGGUUCUGGGAGAGGAGGAACCCCCUGCCCUUUCUCCUGAAGCCUGCUUGAUGGCGGGCCUGCCUUUCUUCCUUUUGGCUGCCUCCGUGUCCCUCUGGAAUGGUUCCCACGAGGCGAUGGCUGAAAGGGCCACCUGACAGAGCUGCAGCGUCUGUCUCCCCUCUGGGGUGCUGAAGGUUAAGCCAAACCCGGUUCCUUCCUUUGAAACUGAGGACUCUGCUUCUUUGGAAUGGUGGCUGAGCGAUUCUGCACUCCUGGCUCUUCUUUGUGCCAAACAGAUCAGAGGUUCCUGGCCUUGACUGCAGGCUUCCUUACUGGUGGCGCCUGCUGCUAUUUUUCUACGUCUGGUUCUCAUCGCAAUGACCGAAGCGGGGGGAAGCCCAAAGGGAAAGCCCCAAAGGAAGAUGAGGAGGAGAAGAGGCGCCGGGAGAGGGAAGACCAGAUGUACCGCGAGCGGCUGAAGGUCCUCUUCUUCAUCGCCAUCAUCAUGAGCCUGCUCAACUCACUCACCACCAGCGCGGGAAGCAUCUCCUGGAACGACUUCGUCAAUGAGCUGCUGGCCAAGGGGGAGGUGCAGAGCGUGCAGGUGGUGCCGGAGAGCGAAAUCGUGGAGAUCCACUUGCACCCGGGAGCCGUUGUCUUUGGGUGGCCCAAGCUGAGCCUGACCUACGUGAUGAAGGUGGCAAACAUCGACAAGUUCGAGGAGAAAUUGCGAGCGGCCGAGGAGGAGCUGAACAUUGACCUGAGCGACCGGAUCCCCGUCUCUUACAGGCGCAGCAGCUUCUUUGGAAAUGCCCUCUACACCUUGGGAAUGACUGUGGUGAGCGUUGGCAUUCUAUGGUACAUUUUCCGGCUGGCUGGCCUAUCGGGAAGGGAAGGCGCCUUCAGUGCCUUUAACCAGCUGAAAAGGGCUCGCUUCACAAUCGUGGACAGCAAAUCUGGGAAGGGCAUCAGUUUCAAGGACGUGGCAGGCCUGCACGAGGCCAAGAUGGAAGUCAAGGAGUUUGUGGAUUACCUGAAGAGUCCGGAGCGUUUCCUCCAGCUGGGAGCCAAAGUGCCCCGUGGGGCCCUCUUGCUCGGGCCACCCGGCUGCGGCAAGACCUUGUUGGCCAAAGCGGUGGCUACAGAAGCCCAAGUGCCAUUCCUGGCGAUAGCUGGCUCCGAAUUUGUGGAGGUGAUUGGCGGCCUUGGCGCUGCCCGGGUGCGGAGCCUCUUCAAGGAAGCCCGGGCUUGUGCCCCGUGCAUCGUUUACAUAGAUGAAAUCGACGCGGUUGGGAAAAGGCGUUCGACAAACAUGUCCGGCUUCUCCAACACCGAAGAGGAGCAGACCCUGAACCAGCUGCUGGUAGAAAUGGACGGGAUGGGGACCACGGACCACGUCAUCGUGCUGGCGUCCACCAACCGAGCUGAUAUCCUGGACAACGCCCUCAUGAGACCCGGGAGGCUGGACCGCCACAUUUUUAUCGAUCUGCCCACUCUGCAGGAGAGGAGGGAGAUCUUCGAGCAACACCUGAAGGGCCUGAAGCUCUCCCAGCCCAGCAGCUUCUACUCCCAGCGCUUGGCUGAACUCACCCCAGGCUUCAGCGGAGCCGAUAUUGCCAACAUCUGUAACGAGGCGGCUCUCCAUGCUGCCAGGGAGGGAUACAAGUCCAUCGACACCAUCAGCUUUGAGAGUGCUGUGGAGAGAGUCAUCGCAGGUGUCCAUAGCUCCCCGCACAAACGCCGCGCUGGGCUUUGCCCAGAUCCUGCCCAAGGACCAAUACCUCCUGACCAAGGACCAGCUCUUCGAGCGGAUAUGCAUGGCGCUGGGGGGCAGAGUCGCGGAAGCCAUCACCUUUAACAAAGUGACCACAGGGGCCCAAGAUGACCUCCGGAAGGUCACCAGGAUAGCCUACUCCAUGGUGAAGCAAUACGGCAUGAUGCCCGCCAUCGGCCACCUGUCCUUCCCAGAGACGGAAAGCGGCAGUCGAGGGGUUGGAAGGCGCCCCUUCAGCCAAGGGCUCCAGCAGAUAAUGGACCACGAAGCGAAGUUGCUGAUCGCCCAGGCGUAUAGGCGCACAGAGAAGCUGCUGAUGGACAACCGGGACAAACUGCAGAUGCUGGCAGACGCCCUCUUGGAGAAAGAAGUGAUCAACUACGAGGACAUCGAAGCCCUUCUCGGCCCUCCCCCACACGGGCCCAAGAAGACGAUCUCUCCCCAGAGCUGGAUUGAAGCCGAGAGGGACAAGCAGGACAGGGGAGAGGAAGAACCCUCUCCCCAGCUGCCCCCUUACAAGGAGGAGCAGGAGCCUCACUUGAACUCCGUUUGAAGCCCGACCAUGAAGCGAGUAGCCAGUUGGGUUCGGGGUUUUUCUUCCAAAGGUAGAAAUGCUUAUUUUGGCAUCCUGAAACCCAGCCCAGUUUGGAUGUGGGCAAGUAGGCAGGCCGAGAGCGGUGAGCAGUGCCGGAAGCGCCAUCUUUGAGACCCCCUUUGGUUUUGGUUCAUGGAACAAAGCCAGCUCUCUGCCUGGGGUCUCCUGCUUAGCUGUCCCCACUAGAACCCUUCACAGAGAGGCAUGUUAGAGACUUCCAAAGUAGCCCCUUGCAUUGCAGAGUUGAGAAAAGCAACUAUUUUAGUCCUGAUAUGGAAGCGCCCCCUACUGGCGGGCUCCGUCACCUCCUGUGAUCAGCGUCUGCCACCUGGUGGUCUGCUGAGGAACCAGCACCACAAUUUAUUCUGGUGGAGAACUCCGGUUAAGCCAGUGUUUCUCAAC